AUGACCCUCAACAGACAGAAACAUGUUCGCUACUGGCGCAUGUGUGCUAAUAUCCUGCCUGAUGCAUACCAAUCCAGCGAUGCUAGCCGAAUGUUCCUUGGAUUUUUCAUCGUGGCAGCACUCGACCUCUUGGACGUUUUUGACAACCCUCAACUCGAAAAACCGGUUAUCGCGGUCCAGGAAAGAAAGGACUGGAUAGACUGGAUCUACAGUUGUCAAGUCCCAGACGGUCAGGGUUUCCGGGGUUUCACUGGCACAGAUCUCAGAGACCGAAGAAGUAGCCACAACAAGCAGUGGGACCCUGGCAAUUUACCAAACACCUUCUUUGCUCUAGCUGCUUUGCUUACUCUCAAUGACGACCUAUCACGAGUACGGAGAAAGGAGUUGCUUUCGUGGCUGCCACGAUUACAGAGACCAGACGGGAGCUUUGGCGAGAUUCUUGGUCCAGAUGAUGAGAUUGAAGGCGGAAGAGAUCUGAGGUAUUGCUGUUGUGCCGCUGGAAUAGCAUACAUCCUUCAGGACCCAGCCACAGAGCCUUACCAAUCUCCGUUUGACGAGAACAGAUUGAUUGACUACAUACUGAGUUGUCAGACCUACGCCGGUGGGUUUGCUGAAUCGCCCCUGCGAGAACCACAUUCAGGCCUCAGCUACUGUGCCAUAGCAACACUACAAUUGCUCACGAGACUCGAUGGAACAAGUAGUCGAAGGGCAAGAGAGACUCUGGACAAUCAAGAGUCAUGCAUGCGGUGGUUACUAGAAAGGCAGACAACCGUGUUGUAUGAGGAAAGACCUGAGUCUGACGAGGCUGACAGCGACGAUGAGGAGCCAGCUAACAACGAUGGAUCGUCGACGGUAAACAGCUUCGCUGAUUCUCCUAUGUACUAUACCCCACCAUUGCUUACUGUCGGUUUUAAUGGCAGGGACAACAAGAUAGCUGAUACCUGCUAUUGCUUCUGGAACUCAGGGGCACUUGCGAUCCUUGGCUCACUGCAUCUAGCAGAUCUCCAAGCUGUACGCCGUUACCUGCUAGACAAAGUUCAACAUAUUAUUGGUGGCUUUGCCAAAGGUCCAGAAAGUCCUCCAGGCCAUAGCAUUAGACUGUCGGGGUACUGA